AGGAUCAGGAAGUAAAGAGACAGCGGCGGUUUGCACGCCCCAGGCGUCCAAGUAGCAGCAGCUUGGUUUACUUUCAGAGUCCAGAGAAAAAAGGGUUGAAGAUGGCGACCGACUCGGAGCGCAGUCCUCCUCCGUUCCCGGACUCCGAGGACCAAGAUCUGCUUGACCCUGAAGAAGUCGAAGGCCGAGACAGUGAUGAAGACGACGGAGACGACUUCUUCAUGAGCGCAAACAACCCUCCAGUGACUAAAACGGACACCACGCUGCCACCCAGUGAUGUUUCAGUGAAGCCUCCCACUGACAUCAUGAGCGGUCCUUUAAUCGAACCCAUCAGCAGCCAAAGAGAAAAUAAACCAGUGAGUGAAAUUGUCCGUGAAUCCUCGGAUGAGUUCGUCAACCUGACAGACAGCGUAACUGAAGCUGCUGCUGACACAGUUGCAGCUGGAAGCAUCGUUAAAGCUGCAGCAAAAGACACAGCUGGAGUUUUAGAUGAUCCCUCAGAUGAUUUUGUCGACUUACUGGGAAGUGAAACCAAGGAACUGCAAGAGGAAGUACUGGUGGCAGAUGUUACUGUUAAGACAGCACAGGAAAGUGAGGUGUCCAGUGUUGCACAUCCACCUGGUAUUGGGAAACAGGAAGCAAAAAAAAACUCCACUGCUCAAGUUAUUGACUUCAGCAGUGGUUUGUCAGCCAGCAACAGACACCAGCCGCUUGGAGCUGAUAGAAUUGGUGACCCUUUGGUUGACCUCCUUAGUGAUGCUCCACCUGCUGCACCACCCGCUGCUGAUGCCAAAAUACCAAGCAGGGCAACAGUCGAUCUAUUCGAGGAUGAUGGAAGUGACUGGUUUACAGAACCACGGCAGACAAAAUCAGCCAAGCAGCCACAGAAAAGCCUCUUCAGUGAACCUGAUGAGGAUCUGUUUGGUGAGCCGCUGGGUGCCUCCUCGAAGAAGACCAUCAAUAAAGAGCCGAAGGACAAAUCUGUGUCAUCCAAAGCUGCUCCUAAUGAUGGUAUAAACACAGGUGGGCCUCUACAAAACAGCAGUUCUGCAGAACCUGCUGAUAUCUUCACCGAGGAAGCCAUCACUACAGCACCCAGCAUCAGAAACGCCAGCACUGUCAACCCCAAGACCAACGGAGCCCUCUCGGAAGAGGACCCUGACAUAUUUGCUGCAGACGCCACAGUGGAGCUUUCGCUCGACAGCCCACGUAAUGAAAGAAAGAAGGAGGUGACCAAACCAUCUGCAUCCAACCCCUCCCUGUUGACCGCUGCCAGCCUGGCCAAGCCACAAUCUGAAACCUUGGAGGAGUUGGAAGAAGAGGAGCAGGAAGACAAAUUCGACAUCGCUGUGUCUGUCAAAGAUCCUGAAAAAAUAGGGGACGGGAUGAACGCUUACAUGGCUUACAAAGUAUCCACACAGACCACACUGCCCAUGUUCCGCAACAAGACAUUUACAGUGAGGCGACGCUUCAGCGACUUCCUUGGCCUCUAUGAGAAGCUGUCUGAAAAACACGGACCAAAUGGCUUCAUCGUGCCUCCGCCACCAGAGAAGAGCAUUCUGGGUAUGACAAAGGUGAAGGUGGGGAAGGAAGACUCCUCAUCUGCAGACUUUGUUGAGAGAAGAAGAGGCGCUUUGGAGAGGUAUCUCCAGAGGGUGGUAAAUCACCCAUCACUUCUCCAAGACCCAGAUGUCAGAGAGUUCCUGGAGAGAGAAGAGCUGCCAAGAGCAGUGAACACCCAGGCUCUGAGCAGUGCUGGCUUCAUGAAAAUGAUCAACAAAGCAACAGAUGCUGUCAGUAAAAUGACCAUCAAGAUGAAUGAGUCAGAUGUGUGGUUUGAGGAGAAGCUGCAGGAGGUGGAGGCUGCAGAUCAGCAAUUCAGGAAGCUCCACGCUCUCGUCGAGUCUCUUGUCGUCCACAGGAAAGAACUGUCGUUGAACACAGCGAACUUUGCCAAGAGUGCAGCAAUGCUGGGCAGUGCCGAGGACAACACCGCUCUGUCCCGAGCUCUGUCUCAGCUGGCCGAGGUGGAGGACAAGAUGGAGCAGUUACACCAGGACCAGGCUGAGAACGACACCUUUGGCUUUUCAGAGCUCAUCGCAGAUUACAUCCGCCUGCUGGGAGCCGUGAGGGGGUCAUUUGAUCACCGGAUGAAGGCAUGGCAGCGUUGGCAAGACGCGCAGGCCGUGCUGCUGAAGAAGAGGGAGACUGAGGCCAAACUGCUGUGGGCCAACAAGCCAGACAAACUGCAGCUGGCCAAAGAGGAGAUCACUGAGUGGGAAGCCAAAGUGACACAGUAUGAAAGGGACUUUGAAAGAGUUUCAGCCACCGUGCGCAAGGAAGUCAUCCGCUUUGAGAAAGAAAAGACCAAGAAUUUCAAAAGACAGAUAAUCAAGUACCUGGAGUCUGUGCUUCAUUCUCAGCAGCAGCUGAUCAAGUACUGGGAGGCUUUCUUGCCAGAAGCAAAAGCGAUCGCCUAAUUGUCGAGCACCGGCCUUUUGGAUAACAAAAACAGGCUGCCUUUUUCUUAUACACUUUACCUCUUCUGCCUUUAAACCAAGGGAAAUGUGUGCAUUGUAAAAGGAGAUACAAUCAACCUGUUUUUUUUAUCACCUCUAACAUGUAGCUCUAUUCUAUUGUAUUAACUGUAUAUUUUCAUUUAACCUUCCACAAAUAUUUUCUUAUUAGAUGAAGAGUUUGCAUAUUUAGAGGUACAGACACACAAGGAGAGAAAUUCUAGAUGAAAGAUUCCAUUAAUUCUCACAGGAGAAGGGAAAUGAACUGAGUCCAUUAUUCUCAGGAUUUCCCCUCAAGUGAUCAGGAGCUCCUUCACAUUAACCAGCAGUGGUUAAUUCUUUACAGCGCGGCUGCUGCUCUGGGGACUUGGAUGAAGAAAGUGUCCGUGUGUCCAUCUUUUUAAUCACUCAAAGGGAUAAAAUAACAAAAAAAGAGCACUUCCAUCAGGUACAUAAAGUACCACCUAUGUUUUUUUUUUUUUUUUUUCCACUGACAUUUAUAUUGCUCUUGAUGCUGAGGGGCUGAAGGAGAAAGAGGCAUUCAAUGAACAGGGUGUAUGGCUAUGGUCAAGGGCUGCACUGUUCUGAAGGUGAAGCUUGUGGGUUUAAUGCUUUAGAUUUCAUUUGACAUUGUGCAAACUUCACUGUUGUAACUGUGCAUGUCUGUGCCUUUCCAGUCAGAAUGGUGUUUUGUUUCCAGACACCAAGUUAAAUCCAGUUUGGGAGAAAGUUGUACACAGUUGUGGCCAGUGCAGAGGCUUGUUCAGCUCCAUCCACAACAACCACUGUGACUUAACGAGUGUCAUUGCUGAAGGUAAAGAACCAUGCUGAUGUUUAAGUCCAUUUAAUAGAAAUCCUUUUUUUUUUAAGUCACUGUGAAGUUUUUUCCUACCGUGCAGUCAGCCUUUAGUGCCACUGCUGUGUGAACAUCAAACUGCAGAGACUUGAAACAGAUAAUCCUCAAAGUGAACAGCAUGUUGUUGUUACCACGGCCUUACCAAGCAAUGAUGACUAACUUUGAGGAAAACCCGUUAAUGCAGACAUGUUUUCACUGUAUGGAUUAGCGUUCUCAAGCAUGUUUCAAGUCUCAGCAAGUAGUGAAAAAAACAAAGCAGUGUGUGUCUGGAAGGUUGGCUGCUGUUUUGAAAUAUGGUUGGUAAUGUAAAAGAGCUGCCACUAA